AUGGGUUGUAGUGCUGGUCUUAUUUCUAUAGAUCUGGUAAAGGAUCUUUUACAGGCACACCCCAAUUCCUAUGCUCUAGUUAUUAGCACAGAGAAUAUGACUAGCAGUUGGUAUGUUGGUAACAAUCGACCAAUGCUCAUCCCAAACUGCAUAUUCCGUGUUGGGGGUGCUGCAAUCCUUCUCUCCAACCGAUCAUCUGAUCGUCAACGCUCAAAGUACCAACUUCUUCAUACUGUUCGUACUCACAAAGGUGCAGACAACAAGUCUUAUAAUUGUGUCUUUCAGCAAGAAGAUGAAGUCCAAAAAUCUGCUGUAACACUCUCAAAAGACCUAAUGCUUGUGGCAGGGGAAGCCUUAAAAACCAACAUCACCACCCUUGGGCCGUUGGUUCUUCCCAUGUCAGAUCAAUUCCUUUUCUUUGCAACUUUUAUAGCAAGGAAGUUUCUGAAAAUGAAGAUGAUAAGGUCGUAUGUUCCUAAUUUCAAGAUGGCUUUUCAACACUUUUGCAUUCAUCCGGGAGGGAAAGCGGUAUUGGAUGAGGUAGAGAAAAGACUUGAACUCACUGAAUGGCAUAUGGAGCCUUCACGGAUGACUUUAUAUAGGUUUGGAAAUACUUCAAGCAGUUGUUUGUGGUACGAAUUAGCUUACUCAGAAGCAAAAGGAAGGAUCAAAAAAGGUGAUAAGAUUUGGCAAAUCGGGUUUGGAUCGGGUUUCAAGUGCAACAGUGCUGUGUGGAUUGCAAGGAGAGCAAUUGAUCCCGUUAAAGAGAAGAAUACCUGGUCUGAUGAAAUUGAUGAGCUCCCUGAAGUAGCAGACUUUAUUGAUUAA